CUGGUCCCAUACAGGCAAAACCCAGAUUUUGUUGGAAGAUCUGAAAUCCUGAAUGAAAUCAAAUUGCAAUUCGGCUUAGGCCAACAACAGGAACAUGCUCAGCCGCGUAGACGAGUCUCACUCUACGGCCUCGGCGGUGUUGGCAAGACGCAACUCGCAUUAGCUUACGUGUACUGGAUACAAGAGACAUGCCCAGACAUCUCAGUGUUCUGGGUUCAUGCUAGCAAUGCAGAUCGCUUCCGUGCAGCUUACGCUUCUAUCGCCGAAAAAUACAACAUCCCUGGAAGAGAUGACCCUAAAUCCAAUAUCCUAUCAUUGGUUAAGAAGUGGCUGGAGGAACAAAGCAAAAUGCAGUGGCUGAUGGUCAUUGAUAACGCCGAUGACAUAGAACUGUUUUUCCAUUCCCAGAGAAGCAAUGCCCUGGAUACCCAGCCCCAGCAAGACAACAAGCUAGCACGUUAUAUACCAGACUGCAAUCAUGGAUUUAUCCUCCUUACAACGAGGAAUAAGCAAGUUGGGAUCAAAUUCGGCCAAGGAAGGAGUCCCCCAGUUAAGGUCCAUGAGAUGACAGACAUUGAAGCGAAGCAACUUGUGCAAAGCAUCUUAAAGAUGGAAGUUCCAGCAGAUGAAAUAUCUCUUUUGGCAUCCAAACUCGAAUAUUUGCCGCUUGCUCUUGCCCAAGCAACAUCAUUUAUUCAAGAAAAUACUAUAUCUAUUAGCGGUUACGUUCAACUCUUAAAUGAGGGAGAUACUACUCUUGUCGAUCAGCUCAGCGAGCCUUUUGAAACUAUAGGAAGAGACUCCGAGACUCCACAUGCACUCACAGCAACAUGGAUCAUUUCAUUCCGGCAGAUUGAAAAAACCCAGCCAUUAGCCAGUGACACUCUCUGUUUUUUGAGCUUACUGCAUCGCCAAGCAAUUCCGAAAACCUUUACAGAGGAGUAUCACCGUCGACGAGAGCCAGGGAGUGGUCAAGGCAGCGUGUCAGCAAGGCUCGUGACGGCCCUGGGCACUCUAAAGGCCUUUUCAUUCAUAUCAGAAGGAAAGGACGGAAGCGUAGAUAUGCACCGGCUAGUUCAGCUAGUCACGCGAAAGUGGCUUCUCAACAAGGGCCGGAUGGACGACUUUGCCGAAUGUGCUAUCGGAAUCCUGUCAAAAGUAUACCCAUAUGGAAGGUUCGAAACAUACCAAACGUGCCUGAAAUAUCUCCCUCAUGUCAAUUCUGUGCUGGCAACAAACGGAACCAAUUCAAAAACUGAGAACAUAGACAAGGCACAACUUCUACAUAAACUGGCCAUGUACUAUCGACAAAGGGGGGACUGGAAGAAUAUGGAGCGAAAUCUACUGCAAGCAGCAGAAUUACAAACACGAGAACUUGGUGAAGAACAUUUUGAGACCCUUAAUAGCAGGGAUGAGCUUGCAUCGGCAUACCACUAUCAAGGUCGGUUAAAACAAGCAGAGGACCUGAUGUCGCGGAUAAUUAAGAUAAGAAAACGAAUACAAGGGGAUGAGCAUACGGCAACGCUUGCUAGUAUAAACAACCUUUCAUUAACGUAUUUUGAACAAGGUCGGUGGAAGGAAGCAGAAGAGCUAGGGAUCCAAGUCAUAGAGAUAAGGAAGAAAGUGUUCGGGGAGGAAUACCCAGACACACUUACUGCUAUGAACAACCUUGCAUUAACAUAUCAUCAACAAGGUCGAUGGAAGGAAGCAGAAGAGCUAGGGGUCCAAGUCUUAGAGAUAAGGAAGAAAGUAUUAGGGGAGGAAAAUCCGGAUACGCUUACCACUAUGAACAACCUUGCAUUCACUUAUAAUCAGCAAGGUCGAUUAAAGGAAGCAGAAGAGCUAGGGGUAAAGGUUUUGGAGAUAUUUAAGAAAGUAUUAGGGGAGGAACAUCCAGAUACGCUUACUACUAUAGGCAACCUUGCAUUAACAUAUAAUCAGCAAGGCCGAUGGAAGGAGGCCGAAGACUUAGAGGUAAAAGUUCUAGAGAUAAGGACGAAAGUAUUAGGGGAGGAACACCGAGACACACUUACUGGUAUAAAUAACCUUGCAUCAACAUAUUAUCACCAAGGUCGAUGGAAGGAAGCAAAAGAGCUAGGGGUCCAAGUCUUAGAGAUAAGGAAGAAAGUGUUAGGGGAGGAACACCCAGACACACUGACGAGCAAGCAUAAUCUGGCCUGUUUAUGGAUGAAAAUGGGCAGGUCUGCCGAUGCUAUAGCGCUGAUGGAAGAGUGUCUCUCAGCCAUGAAGCGAGUAUUGGGGGAAGAUCAUCCAAAUACGGUAUCAAGUUCAUCGGUUUUAGAUAGUUGGCGGCGAGAUACUUAA